CGGAGCCGAGCCGAGCCGGGCCGAGCCGAGCCGAUCCGGGCCGGGCCGGGCCCGCCGCAUGCCAGGGCUGCGGGCGCUGCUGGGGCUGGGGCUGCUGGUGGCGGCGGGGGCGCGGGCGGGCGGGCGCUGCCCGAGCCGCCCCUGGGGCCGGGGCUGGGGCCGGGGCCGCCCCCGCUGCGCCAUGCACGGCCCCGGCGCGGGCCCGCGGGCCCUCCGCUUCCUCGGGCAGGAAGAGGCACAAGCCAUCGACCAGGAGCUCUUCACCGACUACAAAUUCAGCGUGGACCAGCUGAUGGAGCUGGCGGGGCUGAGCUGCGCCACAGCCAUCGCCAAGGCUUACCCGCCCAGCUCCUUCACCACGAGCCAGCCCACCGUGCUGAUCGUGUGCGGGCCGGGCAAUAACGGAGGCGACGGCUUGGUCUGCGCCCGACACCUGAAGAUGUUUGGCUACGAGCCGACCGUGUAUUACCCCAAGCGCUCCAAUAAACCUCUGUUUGAAGGUUUGACCACCCAGUGCCAGAAGAUGGACAUCCCCUUCCUCCCGGAGUUCCCCACCGAGGCGGCGCUCAUCGACGAGCUCUACGGCCUGGUGGUGGACGCGAUUUUUGGGUUCAGCUUCAAGGGAGCCGUGCGGGAGCCCUUCGGCAGCAUCCUCGGCACCCUCAAGCGCGUCACCAUCCCCAUCGCCAGCAUCGACGUCCCAUCGGGCUGGGACGUGGAGAAGGGGAACGCGGAUGGCCUCCAGCCUGACAUGCUCAUCUCGCUUACGGCGCCCAAGAAGGCGGCGGCGCAUUUCACCGGCCGCUACCACUUCCUCGGGGGCAGGUUUGUGCCCGCAGCACUGCAGGAAAAAUACGCUCUGAACCUGCCGCCGUACCCCGAGACAGAUUGCGUCCUGCAGCUAACCUAGGGGCCAGGCCUGGGCAGCCAGGAAGGCAUCGAGGUGCUGAGCGAGGGGAGCACAACCAUGGGCCCAGCUGGGCUUGGGCACAGCAGGCGCUAGGGCCUAAUUCUGCCAAAGCAUCAGUUCUCUGCUCGGAGGAUGCUCAGCACCUCACCAGUGCAGGGUGAGUCCUACGCAGCAGGGCUCAAGUUAGCUGCAAAGAAACUUUGAUCCAAAGUCCUCAACAGCUAGAAGACAACAGCACUGAUUAAGGUUUGCUGCUAGGCAGGUUGCUAAUUGAGGUUACUCUAAUUUCUGAGCGCUUGUAGGUAUAGACGCGAACCAGGAUCCUUGGGCCGUGCCUGCGUACUGCCUGCGGAGUUGGUUCGGUUGCAUAGCUCACACCGCAGCAUUGUUUCUCUGCAAUAAAAAUUUAUUGAUGUUCUUCAAAAAUA